GUGCGCAUGCUCCCGUUCGUUUUUAGAUCAGCGCCCUGCUUGGUAGCAGUAAUUAAAGUUGGAGUUAGUUUCUGGUUGUUUAUUCCAUUUUUCUCGUGCGAUAGAUCGAAGAGAAUCGUAUCGUUUAAAAAAUGGCGUUACAAGGUUGUUACGCAUGCAUCAAAUACUUGGUUAUCAUCUUUAACUUUCUUUUCUGGUUGGCUGGAAUAGCAGUAUUGGGUUUAUCUGUUUAUUCAUAUAUAAAAGGGUCUACCUAUGCAUCAGGAUCAGAGGACAUCAAGUCAUUCUUUACUCCACUCUACAUACUUAUGGCAGCUGGAUCUCUUAUGACUAUACUUGGAUUCCUUGGUUGUUGUGGUGCUUUAAGAGAAAGCCAAUGCAUGCUUGGAACAGUAAGAAUUUUAUUUAAUUGGAAAUAUUAAAUAUUCAUACUAUAA